AUGACCGACUACGACACUAACGAGGAUUUUCCGGAGAAGGACUCUGAGGACGAGGAUCUGGAGCAAGGGUCGGACGGGGAACAUCCCGUUGCUGCAUGGCAUGGGGACGUUCAGUACAACGGUCCGGCUGAGCAGACCGCGAACGCCACCCACGCUGUUCGGGACGGGGCGUAUCCGAGCCCACGCGCCAGGGCGAAGCGUAACGGCAAGGCUAAAGCACAGCCAGAGUCGCCUAACGAGACGUCAGUGAGCGGCAUUGCGCAGAAAGGCCAACGGUUGGAGUGGUCACCCAAGGAGUCGACCGUUCUCGUGGCCGCGCGGUGGUUUACGAAGGACGAGCUGCAACAGAUGACGGGCAAGCAGGGGUCGCAGGUCCACGAGACGGCAACCAUGGCGGUCGCCCAGCUCUUAUCCGACACUCUCAAGCAGUGCUCGGCUGAUGGCGUGGCGCAGAUAACUGGGGUGAUUCGGGAGUGGAUGGCGACGCAGCAGUCGCAGACCAGUCGCCCCCUCCACUUCUCGGGAUCCCGCCACGGCGACGAUGACAGCUGGCAUUACAACCGUGAGGGCAGCGAGGGCAACACCAAUGCUGACCUCAGUGACGGGGUUGAAGAGUGGCGUCGCGGCGACGACGCUUAA